AUGGCGGCGGCCGCCGUUUCGGUUUUUCCUCCCUAUCAGAGCCGUUGGCGCCUCUGUCGCCUUAGCGGGCAUGCGCGGGCGGGGACGGGAGCACGCGCGCUCCGGCGGGCUGAAGGGGCUGCCCUCAACUCGGAAGCGCUGGUCCUGCGCACUUUGCGGCGCCUCAUUCGAAAGCGGCCGCCUCCGCUGUCGGCGUACGAGGCUACGAGAAUAGCCGCAGUUGGUGCCGGUUGGGCAAACGGGCGGCCUUUCGACUUUAGUCGGCGUGAGCGGAGCGAGGAGGAAGUCGCCCGGCCUGUUUCCGUCGCCUUCGACCCCAGCGCCGCCUCCGUGACCUGCGCCCUUGCCUGUCUUGACGGCAUGGCUACCUCAGGCGCCACGGGAGCCCUGCUUCGGGUGGCUGCGGCCUCCUCCUGCCGUCGGCUCCUUACAACGCGUGGUGGCGGGACAGGGAGAAGCUGGGGCGGCGCUGCCAACCUAGGCCCCGGCCGGCUGUUCCACGCCUCGGCCCUGGUACAACUCAGCUCAGAAGAUAAAGUUACUGUGCACUUCAUAAAUCGUGAUGGUGACAAGCUAACAGCCAAAGGGAAAGUUGGGGACUCUCUUCUAGAUGUUGUGGUUGAUAACAAUGUAGACAUAGAUGGGUUUGGUGCGUGUGAAGGAACACUGGCAUGUUCUACUUGUCACUUAAUCUUUGAAGAUCAUAUAUUUGAAAAGCUAGAUGCAAUCACUGAUGAGGAAAUGGAUAUGCUGGACCUUGCCUAUGGGUUGACAGAAAAAUCUCGAUUGGGUUGUCAAAUCUGCUUGAAGAAAUCUAUGAAUAAUAUGACUGUCCGAGUGCCUGAAACUGUUGCUGAUGCCCGACAAUCUAUGGAUAUGAGCAAGACCUCUUAAAAUACGAUCUUUAGGUUGGGGGGGGGGGGAUGUCAUAAUAUUGAAAAUAUUUGUAUAAUUUAUUUCUAAAUACUUAAUGAAAUGUGAUAAUAUACACAAACAUGCAUUUUAGGAUUAUCAGUAUUCAGUUAUCAUGAAUUUCUUUAUCAAAAACAACAUUAUUUUUUAUGAUUCUAAAAUCAGAAAAUAUUUAGAAAGGAACUGUGGAAUGUUAAACACAGAGUGCAAUAAGAAAUCACCCGUUUUUUUCUCCUAAAAGAAAUAGUUCUUUUUCUUUGCAUUUAAUAAGAAAUAUUUUCUUACUGCUGAAAUCGUGAUUUUUUUAAAAAAAAGCUUUCAAAUUCCUACGCACUAGGAAUUUUACUUUGCUACACUGGGUGCCGGCUUCAAGAUGAGUGUAAGUAGGGGUCUCAUUUUUAAAUUGGAAUUUCCUGAAGCACUGAAAAUAUGUGUUACCAGAGUAUGAAUCUCUUCUCACCGGACACGGUGGCGAUAUAAAACAGGUGUCAUAUGAGAUUUGAGGGUCAGAACUCUAUAUUGAUGUAAUAUGGCUACUGUUCUGCAAAAGUGGUUUUGAUCUAGAAUAUGUAUUGCUGCAAAUACAUGUAUGUAGCCCAACUGUGAGAUUAUGCCCACAUGUCCACAUACAUUUUUUGUUGGGCAGUUGCCACUAUCUGAUGGCAAGUCUGGUAAUAAAUUUAAGCUGUGCAGUUUUUAGGUACUUUGAAAGCAUCAGUUGUGUGUAUAUUCCUAUUAAAUCCUAUCAAAUUGUGUACAUAUGUAUUCAAAAGAAUACUACAUAUGUAGCUUAUACAAUUAUUUUGAGGAGGUUUAUGCAAAUGUUAAUUUGUUCCUCUUUUUAGGCAGACCUAUAUGGAGCCAGGCUUUCCUUCAGGUGCUCUGGUCCCAAGCCAUGCAAAAAACAAAUAUUUGUAAUAUUGUUUCUGUUGGGUGGCCUUAACCUUGUUGAGCCUGGUUCAGAAUGAUAAUAUAUAUAGGACCUUUGGCCCUUAAAUCUAUAUAAGAUACUAACCUUUAUUGUGUGGGAUCUUAUAUCAAAUAACACAGUUACCUAAGUAAUUUCCAACAUGCACUAGGGCAUAAAAGAAUUGAAAAAUGAAAUGAGCCAAGGAAAGAUAAUUAAUACAAACUAUACAUGUUUACUGUCUUCUUCCACUGGCCCAUGAGGACUGUACGCUCACAUAAUGAAAAUGAACCAUAUUUUCCCUUCUCUCCCUCUUCUAUCCUUUUAAGGCACUAUGUACGCUGAUUAUGUGGAAAAAAUAACACUAUUAAGAAUGCUUCAGAUUCUGUUGAAGAACAGAUCUUCAUGGAGACUUGAUAUGCACAGAAAAUUGAACUAUUGUAUGCUGUGUUUCAUAAUAUAAACUCUUUGAUCCUGAACUAUCUUGCCAUAGUAUCAAACAAAUUUGGUUGUGAAAUAACCAACACAGCCCACUUUAGUUUGGUGAAGAGAAUUUCUGAGGUAGCACUUCAAUGCAAAGUUUACCUGUGCUUUAAAAGGAACAUGUUUCUUGAAUUUGGUUGCACGAAUCAGUGAGCAAUCCUAUGGCCCUUAGACAGCAUCUGAAGAGCCGUAGGAUAGUUUGGAUACCCCGAUCCAAGGUCAGAGACAGCGCUCCAACCUCUGAGGGGAAAAUCGGAGAUCCGACUCCCUGUCUCAGGAAAGAACUAUGCUGACUGGCCUCCAAGGUCAGGAACUCAACCUUGAAGAGGAGGAAAAGUGUUUCAGUGGACAGGGAGGGGAGGAACCCGGAGAAGCCAGGAUAUGAGCUAUUGUGACCCUCUGCCAGCUUCCUUCCAGGAUGCCUAGAUGAGCAAAAAAAGCCUGUCUAACCAAAAAAAAAAUGCAGGACACAAUGACAGAGAGGUGAAAAUCGCCUCUGUCGCGCUGGAGGAUCAUAAGCCUCUGAGUUUGGGGGCUUACAAUCAUCAUGGUCCAUCUUACAUAGCCAUUCAGAAAGAUACCAGCACUUCUUUCCAGUCCAUUAAUUAUCCUGUAAAUGUUGGUGAACAAACUGCUCAAUAUGUACAUAUUUCUCAAAUGUUUUAGAAAUCUUGAAAUAAAUCUUUUUUCUAUUUU